AUGAAAUUUCUUCACCAAGGCUGUCAGCAGUAUAGCGCGUGCUGCGAUCCCUCCGACCGUUUGGGUCUCGAAAUAGGCCGUGCCGAUAUGCGCCAUACAUUAGCUGAGACACUGUCCAUUUUCCAAUCUGCUUUGAACCUUUCACCUGCUGAUCGAUCCCGCUUUGUCUUGCAUGGCGUUGGAGCCCACCAGUCACUUCCUUACGAGUACAUACAUCAUGCCUUUUCUGUCCAGGCCAAUAAAUUCCCAGAUGCCAUCGCAGUGGAACACUUCAACGAAAUUAUGACCUUUAAAACGUUGGACGAGACGUCGGACAUUCUCUCAAGGCAUCUUAGAAGUUGCGGAAUACAUCCUGGAAAGAGAGUCUGCCUUUUGGUUCAGCGUUCUGUUGCUAUGAUUAUAUCAAUCCUAGCUAUACUCAAAUCGGAGGCUGCAUACAUUCCGGUAGAUGGAGGUAUAGUCACCGACCAAACGCUACGCUUCAUAUCGGACGACUCGAAUUCAUGUUUAGUUCUCUGCCUAUCCCAUUUCCGUAACAAAGUACCAUCUUAUAUGGAGAACAUCGAUUUAGACAGCUUUCUCCUUCGACAUUCACGGUCCAGUUUAUGUCCCGAUCCAUCUUUCACGGACACAUCAGCUGGUCAUCACGAGGCAUAUGUAAUAUAUACUUCGGGGACUACAGGAAGGCCGAAAGGUGUCAGCAUAAGCCACAGAAACCUGACAAACUGGAAACUCCAGAUGAAGUCAGGUGCUCGGGUUUCGCAACUAUUGAAUAUUGCCUUCGAUAUGUGUGCUUGGGAAGUUUUGGGAUCUCUUGUUGACGGUUGCACUCUCUGCAUACGAGGAAAAGCCCAAAGUGAUUGGUCCCAUGUGCUGCGAACUGUGGACAUUGUGAUUUCAACUCCCAUGAUCCUUCAAUGUUACAACCCAAGUGACUAUCCUAACACAACUAUCGUCAACACGAUUCACUCACAUGUGAUUGGGAAUCCUACGCCGAACAAUCGAAUAUACAUAUUAGACGAUGAUAUGAAGUCAGUUCCAUUUGGUCAAAUAGGCAUGACUUGGGCAUCGGGCCUUGGUACAUCAUCAGGCUACGUUAAUCGCCCCGAGCUUAGCAGUGGACGCUUUGUGGAGGAUCGUUUUACCCUAAACAGGAAUUUAAUGUUCAAUACCGGGGAUCUCUGCAGAUGGAAUGCAGAAGGUCUGUUAGAACAUUUUGGGAGGAUAGAUGACCAAGUGAAAGUGAAGGGAUUCCGGGUAGAACUUGAUGGAGUUGCUUCAGCAAUGCUGUCAUGCACAGAAGUGACUCGAGCUGUGGCUCUACUAGUAAACAGUGCCCUCUGGGGCAUCAUUUGCCCUAAACACGUAGACAUUGAGACUGUGCGUAAAGCCAUAUCACGGUCAAUGCCAUACUAUGCAGUGCCGUCCAGUUUUAUUGCUCUGGAUGCAUUGCCCAUGACUAGGUUAGUCGUUUGA